AUGGAAAAUGACGGGUACUCUUACGGUGGAGGCGGUAGUAAGAAAAAUAAAAACCCUCCGAAGCCAGCACAAGAAAUUAGGGAUCUUCCACCUGGAUUUAAAAACAUUAAUUUCGAUUGGGAUGGCGUGCUGGGGGUUCUAAGAGAAGUGAUGGAUCAAGGAAAUCGACGUACGUGUUGGACAAUUGCAUCAACCAGAAGCUUGUCUGCACGUCUUGUAGCUGAGAAAAGAUUUGAUCCUCCGUUGUGUUUGUCGGCAUUACAUCUGUUAGUGGGUCUUAUUGACCGGGUCGAUCUUACCGGGGGACUUAAGAACUUAGAGCAUUUGAGGACAUUUUUAAUCGACCAUGGCACUGUAUUAGAGGAAGAAUGCAACUGUCCUCAACUAGCUCUAGAGUACAAAAACGAUAUCACCAAACCCAAUCCGGAACUGUGUACCGAGAACAAAAAAAACAAGCAUGCAAACAAGUUUAAGGUACAAGAUCUGAUCAUCAAAGACAACGUAAAUGAAACUGAACUUAUACGUUUGCUCAUCAAAGGUCCAGUGGCAGUUAGUAUGGAUGUUCAUAUCGAUUUUUCUAACUUUGAAGGGGAUGGAAUUUAUUGUGGACCUAAGAAAGGCAGCCCCAAGAUUGACGAACAUUUGAUUUUAGUGAGCGGCAUCGGAACAAAAAUGCCUAAAGGCAUCCAUUUUUGGAAAGUCCAAAACUCAGCAGGAAAGAUAUGGGGAAACAAGGGAUACGGAAAAAUACUUCGACAGAUCAGUCUUGGUAGAGGAAAACCGUCUCUCUUUACCAAGAUCGUUUGUCCUGUGCUUCUAGAUCACUAUGAAGGACAAAACGUCAGGGCACACGCAUGA